UAUAUGUGAUAAAUAUAUUAAUAAACGAUGCAUAUAAUUAAUUGGUAAAAUUGUUAACAUAAUAUAUAACAAAAAUUAUGUAAAUAAAAUGGUUGCAAACAUAGCAGCUGAUAUGACCGGAUCCAUAUACCAUGAGAGACAAGUGAAAGAGCUUUGCGCAUUACAUGCAUUAAAUAAUUUAUUUCAAGAAAGAGGAUUUAGUAAACAGGAAUUAGACCAAAUUUGUUAUAGCUUAAGUCCAGAUGUAUGGAUAAAUCCCCAUAAAUCACUGUUAGGACUUGGUAAUUAUGACAUUAAUGUUAUUAUGGCGGCAUUACAACGUAGAGGACGUGAAGCAGUUUGGUUUGAUAAACGCAGAGAUCCAAAAUGUCUGUGUUUAGAUAAUAUUGAAGGUUUUAUAUUAAAUGUACCAACAGAAUAUAAAUUAGGAUUCGUAUUACUCCCCUUGAAAAGACGACAUUGGAUUGCCCUGAAGAAAAUUCAUGGUGCCUUUUAUAAUCUUGACUCGAAACUUGAUUCUCCUCAGCUUAUUGGGAAAGAAAAUGACUUACUUAUAUAUCUAAAGGACCAGAUAGAUAGUAAGGAAAAGGAAUUAUUUCUUGUCGUAUCAAGGGAGAUAGAUAAUAAUCAAGGAUGGCUAAUAAAUACAUAUGCAAAUAAAGAAGGGAUUAAUACAGAUCAUGAUAGUAUCACGUACAUUGAAGACGGCUAUAUGGAAAUGAAUUUGAAGAAAGAAGUGUCUGCAGAAAUGAAUGAAAAUGAAAAAUCAUUGGAUAACAAAAAUUCUAGGAAUUGAAAAGAGAAGUAAAAGUUUACAAAUUAUAAAUGUUACAUACAAAUUUUCUUGCAUGAAAGAAAAGGAUGUAACUAUUUCAUUCUAUUUAAGUCAACACCAUUUGAUUGAGAUAUGUGAUUAUGUUCUUAAAUUCGUCAUAUUUUUAUAAAAACAAAGAAAAUUUUAGCAUGAUAAAAGAUAAAUAAUGGCACAAUUAUGAAUGCAUAAUAUGUUGCCAAUUAUUAAUAUUUGUAUAGAUUUUUUAUAAAUCGUUAUUAUGAUAAAUUAAUAUAUGUAUAUAUAUUGUUAUUUAUUUUACAAAUAUUUUAUCUACACUAAUUUGCAGUUGUGAAAUCAAAAUUUCAUGUAUUAAUUCGUUAUUUAUUUGCAACACUUGCAUUCUUUUAAUAUUGUCUCAUCAGUAUUAUUUAAAGCGCAUCCUUAAGUACUAUAUUAAAUUAAUAGAUUGUUUUAUCAAAGUAUGUACAUUGCUUUGUUUAAUUAAUAUUUGAUGAUUGAAGCGAAGUUAAUUUAUUGCUCUAUAGAUAAAUAAACUACAGAAUAUAGAAUUAUAAUAUUGCUGCACUGUUAGACAAGUGUUAUACUGUAGUAUCUUUUUCUAAAAAGUUUCGUUCUUUGUUACUAUUUGUUACUAGUCACACUAGAUUAUUUAAUUAAACAAUGUGAAUAACUAUAAAAGACAAUCUUUUAUACUUUCAACAUGAACAUCGCAAUACAAAUAUGAUAAAUAUUAAUCGGUAUACAAUCUAUGUACCCGUUUAUAUUUGCUGUACAUUUCAACAACAUAUUUAAAAACUCAGUUGUAUGAUUAUUAUUUUGUAAUGAGAUACACCUCUUAUUCACUAUACUAUAUGUUCCAUUUUUCUGAAUAUCUAUAUUUAAUAAAUUUGUUGUUUAAAUAAGAAAAUGCAUCUUUUAUUAUUAUCUAAUAACUGUAUCUACAUCUAAUUACAUAAGUAAUUAGAUAGCCUGUCUAAGAUAAGAUGUUCAUCUAACGU